GUAGUGUCAGUGAUGUAUAGAUUGGUGUUACAGAAAUCUAUCACAGUGCCAGGUGUUAGUAAGUGUAAACACAUUACCCACGUGACAUCAGACCGGGUCUGGAUCAGUGAUAGAGAAGGCAAUCUCAUACUGACAAACACCGCGGGUAAAAAACUACAUCAUGUGAAAGAUUUAAGUGAAUCUGGUGGUGGACUACAUACUGUGACUGGCGAGGGUUAUUUAAUUUAUAUAGACAGACACCAUAACAUCAUUAAACUAUCUAAAGAUCACAGAAUAAAGACCACAGUAAUACCUUACACUUCACCAUGGAGACCACUGAGUGUCUACAGCUCCCCCUCCACUGGAGACCUGCUGGUCGGGAUGUAUGAUUAUGAUACAGAGACAGGCCAGGUAAAGCGUUACACUAACACAGGAGAACACAUACAGACCAUACAGCACGACAACACAGGUCAGAGACUGUAUAGUGUACCUAUCUAUAUCACAGAGAACCGCAAUGGAGAUGUUAUUGUGUCUGACUAUUACCGUAAUGCUGUAGUGGUGACAGACAGUAGAGGGAGACAUCGCUUCUCCUACACAGGUCCUCCACCAGGAUCACGACUAAAUCCACGUGGAAUCUGUACUGACGCGCUGUCACACAUCCUGGUGUGUGAUUGGUACACCCACACAGUACAUAUACUGGAUUGUGACGGGCGACUCCUGUCACUGAUAGACAGAGAACAACUCGGGAUAGUCGGACCAUGCGGCCUGAGUUAUGACGACAGAACUCACUGUGUCUGGAUCGGAUCAUACAACAACAACACAGUGAACAUACACAGACUUAUACCCGGGGACUCCCUUACUGAGUUUCUGAAAAAGGAGAAAACAACUGUUUUUCAUGCCCGAGGAAUACUUGUUGGAUGUGGUGAGGCUGGGAAAACAACAUUACUGAAGCGAUUAAGAGAGCAAUGCCAGAAUCGUGGUGAAGUGAAAAAGUCGAUGAAGGGACUAACAACACUGUUGAAGCGAUUAAGAGGGAAACGACAAAAUGUUGAUGAAGUUACAGAGUCCACCAGGGGACUGGAAGUCCACCAACAUCUAUUCAUUGUUAGAAAUGGAAUUUUAGAAGUGGCAGAUGAUGACUCACCAUUGAAGACAUUUAUCAGGAUAAACACUGCAGAUUUGAUACCAGACCCAUCUAGUGCAUUUGACAUCUCCGAUACAAAUGAGCAAGAAGACAAUUUGGAACUAGGAAGUACUGAUAAAAGCACUGAAGUAAUUUACAGCAGAGAAAAAGGGAAAGAAAGGAAUGUUGAGAGGUCGAGUUCUCCAAUUGAAGGCAAAGACGAACAGAAAGAAGACAGUAUUGAAAUGUCCAGGUCACUAACGGAAGGCAAAGAAGAAGUGAAUACAGUAGAAAUAAUGGCCAGUGUUCCAGGGGCACAAGCAAUGGUUAAGGAUGAAUUUUUUGAAAAAAUCUUGUCUGAGAAAGAAAAGCUUCCAACAGUAAGCAUGCUGGACUUUGCUGGCCAGUUAGCAUAUUAUGCUUGCCACCAAAUUUACGUAACACCAAAAGCCUUCUUCAUCCUUGUGUUGGACAUGACUAAGAGGUUUGAAGAUGUUGUUGAUAAAGAGAGGGAUAAUCAGGAAGGAUCAAUCUUCUCUGUGUGGACUUACAAAGACUACCUCAAGUUUUGGAUUACGUCAAUCAAGACAUUUGGAGGCACUAAGGCACCACUGUUUCUUGCUGUAACACACACAGAAAGAAAAUCUACAGAU